AUGGCCUCCAAGUGGUGGAGUAGCGAGGACGUGGCGGUCGUCACGGGGGCGAACAAGGGCAUCGGCUAUGAGAUUGCGCGCCUGCUAGCUGAGGCCGGCUUCCGCGUUAUCGUGACCGCCCGCAACCCCGAGCUGGGCGCCGCCGCCCUGGAGAAGCUCAAGGGGCUGCCCUCCAUCUCAGAUCCCUCGGCCCUGGGAUUCGAACGGCUGGACAUCUCCGACAAAGCGUCGAUAGAAGCCUUCAAAGCCCAGCUGGAGGCGCGCCACCCCGGCAGGCUGGUUGUGUUGGUCAACAACGCCGGCGUGGCGUUCAAGGGGGACGUGUUUGGCGCAGAGGAGUGCAAGGCCACGAUAGACACAAACUUCAGGGGCACCGCGGACGCGUGCGAGGCGCUGGCGCCACUGCUGGCAGAGGGGCGGGGGCGGAUCAUCAACGUCAGCAGCGGCGCCGGCGACCUGUCGCGCAUCCCUGGCGCCGCCCUGAGGGCCCAGUUCGAGUCCCCUGUUGACCGCCCCCAGCUGGAGGCCCUGGCUGACAAAUUUGUGGCUGACAUCAAGGCCGGCUCAUACAAGGCUGAGGGGUGGCCGGCAAGCAUGUACGGCAUAUCGAAGGCCCUGGAGACCGCCUACACGCGCGUGCUGGCCAAGCAGCUGGAGGGCCGCGGCAUCAUGGUCAACGCAGUCUGCCCCGGCUGGUGCGCCACCGACAUGAGCAGCUGGGGCGGCCCCAGGACGGCCGCCCAGGGCGCGGACACGCCGGUGUGGCUGGCCACCCUGCCACCCCCGGGGGUGGACGGGGGGGAGCUCGUCACCGGGGCUUUCUGGAGGGAUCGCCAGCGGAUUCCUUUUUGA